AGCUCAUAUAAAUGCCAGAGUGGGUCAAGGAGUCCGGGAGCCGUGAACCCAGGAGUCUCAGGCCAGCUCUGCCUGCCCACCACGAGGAUGAAGGUCUUCAUAGCUGCCCUCUCCCUCCUCAUCCUUGCUGCUGCCCUUGGAACCCAGGCCCAGAUCAAAUUUGUGUUCCUUUCCCUACCAGCGCCCCAACUCCAUGCUGAAGACUGCUGCUUCUCCUACACUUCACAAAGGAUCCGGUGUACACUCAUGGAAGAUUAUUUUGAGACAAGCGGUGGGUGCCCCAAGCCAGGUGUCAUCUUUAUUACCAAGAAGAAGCAACAGGUCUGUGCUGACCCUGAAAAUUCAUCAGUUCAGAAAUGCAUAACAAUACUGAAGGCAAAUUCCAAGAAUAGGAAACUUGCUUGAGGAAAACCGAGCCACUUUACCCUUUAACUCUCUUGCCUCUGCACCUCCUAUGAGCUUCCUGGCUUGAACGUUUUUUUCAAGUUUUUUAUGCCACUUUGGUUAUAAAAGUAAGGCAUCUAAUAAAGAGUAUUCAAUUUAA